CUCAUAAUUUUUCUAGAGAGAGAAACAAUAGUCGGCAAAUGUGAGCUCAAUUUCGUUGCUAAUUUCGUGUUUUUGAUUCAAUUUAUUCAAGUUUUUCGAAAAUUCGGUGUGAGAUUUGGCUGGAUUUGUGUUCAUUUUGGAAGAAAUGCAGGAUAUACACUCGAUUGGGAGUGGUGGUGGUGGAGGAGGGAGGUUGUUCGGCGGUGGCGGCGGUGGUGAUAGGCGGUUGAGACCUCAUCAUCACCACCAAGGUCAUGGUCCACAAGCUUUGAAAUGUCCACGUUGUGAAUCGUUGAACACGAAAUUCUGUUACUACAACAACUAUAACCUCUCUCAGCCACGUCAUUUCUGUAAGAACUGCCGGCGGUACUGGACCAAAGGCGGUGUACUCCGUAACGUCCCCGUCGGGGGUGGUUGCCGGAAAACCAAACGCUCUAAACCGAAGUCUAACAAUAAUCGUUCCUCUGAAACUGCCGUACGGAAAUCUUCGAAUUCACAAAACUCGAGCAGUGACAGCUCUAGCCUCACCGCCAACACCACGGCGGCGAAUACGACGGUAACGGCAAAUACAACCACAACCGCAACCGUAACCGCACCUGUCGCGGAGGUUUUGUCGGGCAUUAAUUCGACAAACUCCGCACCGACGAUGCUUAAUUUCCCGGAAUCCUCCACAAGUUUUCUCAAUAUCACUCAGUCGUCAACUCCUAACCCUAGCUUCGAUCCGCCGUUACUGGAUGACCCAUCCGCCGAAAACAACAUAUUCCCGGAGAUCGGAACAUUCACGAGCUUAAUAACCUCAUCCACCACUCAAUUGCCGCUAGGAUUCAACAUCUCCGCCGACACAUCGCCGUUCCGGUUGCAUCACACCGGUCAUAUCGUAGAAAAUUCGAACUCGAACCAACAGCAAUGGAUUCACACAGAUCACACCAUUGGAGAUGAUUUGAAGGUUCAGGAAACGAGUCCGUUAGGGUUCAUGGGAUUGCAGCACAAAACAACCGACGGUGGACUUGGCACAGAGGAUUGGAAUAAUGGUACAGAUCAAGCAUUGUUUGAUCUAACAGGCAGUGUUGAUCAAUCAUACUGGAAUCAAACUCAGUGGGUUGAUCAUGAUCAUGACCAUGACCAUGACCACCAUCAUCAGCUUAAUUAUCUUCCUUAACAUCUCCAAUUCAGGUACCAAUUCAAUCACAAGAACAUUUUACCCACCAAAAACAAAUAACAGAAAGUGAAAAUGGAGAUAUAACGACUUGGAUCUCCUAUGUAAAUCUAUAUAUUUUUCCUAAAAUUUCUGAUUUCUGAUCUCGAGAGAUGUUUUGGGUUUGAUGUUCUUCUUGUUAAUCCGAAACUAACUCUUCUCGUUUCUUGAUUUUUCUUCAUGGAUUGUGAAAUUUUAGUAUGGUAAUUAUGGGGUUGAACCAUUUUCAGUUUUAUUAUAGAAAA